AUGCCCAGGCGGGUCCUGGAGGCCAUGGCGCUGUCCACUGUUAUGAAGUGUGCCCCCCACGACGAUGGCUGCUCCCUGCUCCUGCGUGUGCAUGCCUCCCUCACGCUGCACGAGAGCCUUCGGGGCCUGGAGGCCUGCUCCAUGAGCCUGGACACCCAGCAGACACACUGUCACAGUGUGCGGGUCCGCAGGGCCUCCCGCCAGCUGCAGGCGGGGCAGCAGCUCCAGGUGAACUUUGACUGCUUCGAGGUGAGCGUGGCCCAGAGCCUCUACAUCACCGUGAGGACUGUCCCCCACUUCUGUGGGGUCCAGCUGGAGCAGCAGUACCAUGUGGAAGCCGAGAAGCUGUCCUACUGGGUGGACCGCAGCCGCAAGGUGGUUCUGGUACAGGUUCCGGAGGCCCCUGAGGGCCCCGACUACUACGUGCGGCUCUGCCGCAAGUGGUUCACCUGUGUGGACGCGGGCGCGCCGGUGAAGGUGACAGCAAACAGCGUCUCCCGGGAGGUCUCUCUGCCCUAUAGUCAAGAGCUGCCGUGCCUGUGCCUUGAGAGCUGGCCUGCGACCCCCGACGCCGUGCGGAUCCAGACCUGCCCCUUUGAAGCUGACACCGAGGCACUAUGGGACGCCAUCCGAUACCACCCAGGGAACCAGGCCCUGAGCUGGGAGCCCGCCUGUCCCGUGAGCGGCCACGUGAGCCUGUGCUGGCGCCCGGGGCCAGGGGCCCACUGUCACCAGCUGGAGCACUCGGGCCGGCCCGCACACGGCGGGUUCUCCACCAGCCUGGGCUUCUGGGUGAGGUGCCCUUUCGAACAGCUGCGUUUCCCAGCCUGGAAGAUGACUGUCCAGCCGGCACCCUCUCGGGGCCACUUCCGGGUCACCUUCUUCUCGCCCAGCCCCGCCCACUUCCAGGUGCGCCUGUGCCACCCAAAGAAGAUAUGGCCCCCGGCCUGCCACCGAACACUCCAGGCCACUGCCCUCCCUCCAGCCUCAGUGAGCCGGGGCAACCUCACAGCAGACCCCGCAGCUGCUUUUGUGGACGUUCCCAGGGACGAGGCCUGUGAGCCUGACACCUGCAUCCAGGUGGUGGUGCUGCCCCGCCCAGACCCCGCCCCCGCCCCCGCCCCCCAGACCUUGGUCCGCCCUAUGCUCAAGUCGUCAGCGACACGGAGCUCCCUUCUCCCCGGGGCCCUGCCUCGCCCUGGGGCCCUAGCCCAGCAGCCUCUCCAGGCGUCCCCCUGGGAGACUCGGGCUGCAGGGCGGAGCUGCAGCCCACCCUGA